AUGCAGCGUGUCGGGUCUCUCCUUGUGACCUUUUUCGCGGUCACCGACGCCGCAGCGCCUUUGCGGGUCAAGGUUGCCGGCGCAAAUCACUACGCGGCUGGUGCGAAGGAUAUCGCUGCCCUCGAGAGCCGUGUCGCAAACUUCAUGGCGUCCGCCAUGGGCAAAGGCAGCUUUUUGCAGGGCAAAGGAGGAAUGGCAACGCCGGGUAGUGGAGUGAAGCAUGCCCUUUUUUUGACGCAGCCGAUGCGGUCUCCUAGUGGAGUUAAAAUCAAUGUGGUGGAGAAGAAGCCGAACUCUGCUGCAUCAGCAGCUGCCGACGCACAGCAGGCGGCGUUCAACAUGGAAGCUUUUGCUGCUGGACUUUCUGACCUUGCCGGCUCCGGUCGUGCAUCUUUUGUUGCCUCAGACUCUCUUGAGGGCCUGGUCAACCGGGGCGCUAUGGCGCGAGUCGCGACGCUCGGCGCGUAUCAAACGAUUUCGAUGCCUGUCCAUGUGCUGGCGGCGGUUGUGAAGAGCGCGUGCGGAUGCGUGGAUGUCUAUACCGAAUCCAAGUGCCUUUUGGCAGCCAAUCCAGUGUGCCCACCGCUGCACAGCCUUUUGCAGCGUGCUUUCGCAAUGCAGGAGCAAGUGUGGAAUGGCGUCAAGUUUACCACUGAUAAGGCCGGCAAGGUUGUUGGAAGCCCACUCAUUGCCAGCCCCCCGUAA